GUGUAGAGUUUGAAAAAACUUCAAGUCAAAUUGAAAGUCAAGAAAACAGUAAAGAUAUAACAAAUAUCACUAACGUGAUUACAGAAUUAUUGUUGCAAAUAGAAAGUCGAAAUGGGAAAAUAAUAGAGUUAAAAAGAAGAAUAAAUGAAUAUUGCGAAGAGAUACUUAACUUAAGGGAUCUUUACAAAAAACAAUAUAAGGUGAAUGAGAGGCUCAUAGAACAAUGGAAUUUUCAACACAGUGACUGGGAUAAACGUGUACAAGAAAUCAUUAAUAUCACACAACUU